UGCUGAUAUUCUUCAAAGAACUUUUCAAACAAUUCCCACCUACUCUUUCUAAUUCUCUCUCUAUAUAUGGCACGAAUGUGUAUGAAAGAGCAAAACCAGAAAGCGUGAAAUUCAUGUUAGAGAGAUCGGUUGAGAUGCGUUUGUUUGAAGCACGUCAUUUUAGCCCCCAACUUAGUAAUUUUUUGAGACUACUGAAAGCAAAACCAGUAGUAUAUGCACUUAGCAGAUAAAGCACUGAAAAGAACGCAGGGAGCUAAAGCUAAAAAAACCUUGUUUACUAUUUACCGGAACCGAGAAUGCAGCUGAUGUCAUUUUUGAGGUCAUCUCCUAGCAGCUCAAAGCGAUCCAGUUACAGCCGGAACUUUGAAAUGCCAGAGGAUUCUACGGCGGAAACGUCGGAGCAUGUUGGUGGCGCAAUGUUGCCCAUUUUCCUCAACGAUUUACAGAGAAACAACGACAAAGACAUAGUUGAGGUGAGGCUAGAACUUGAUGAUAAUUCCAUUGUUUUGUGUAGCGUAACACCAGCUUCACCACACAAUACCAAUGUUGCUGCUGCGGAAGAAGAACAUUCUCCCAGCGGAAUUCCGUCGAACAGCACGUAUGCAUCUGCCAUCGCUUCUAGUAUUUGCCGGAAAUUCCAGUGGCUGAGAUCACCGGAAAGGGAUGAUCACCAUCAUUUUCAUGGCAACCAGCUGAUGACGAAUUUGUCGCCGCGAGAGGAGAUGAAAUCGAAAUUGCAGGUGGUGAGGAAUAAAGCGAGUGCUCAGCGCGCGCUAGGAGGGCUAAGAUUUAUAAGCAAAAGCACGAGAGAAUCGGACAUUAAUGAGCUUUGGGGAAAAGUUGAGACGCGCUUCGAUGCUUUUGCCAAAGAUGGUUUGCUCGCUAGAGAAGAUUUCGGUGAAUGCAUUGGAAUGGCGGAUUCAAAAGAGUUUGCGGUGGGGAUUUUUGAUGCAUUGGUGCGACGACGGAGACAAAAGACAGCAAAGAUAAAUAAAGCAGAGCUUCACGAAUUUUGGUUGCAGAUUUCGGACCAAAGCUUUGACGCUCGACUUCAGAUUUUCUUUGACAUGGCUGAUAGCAAUGGAGAUGGGAGAAUCACGAGAGAAGAAGUUCAAGAGCUGAUAAUGCUGAGUGCUUCAGUAAAUAAGCUCUCCAGAUUGAUGGAAUGUGCAGCAGAGUAUGCUUCUUUAAUAAUGGAGGAAUUAGACCCAGAAGGUCUCGGUUACAUUGAGUUAUGGCAGUUGGAAACACUUCUUCUACAAAGGGACAACUACAUGAGCUACAGUAGACCUUUAAGCACAACAACCCUUGAAUGGAGUCAGAACCUAGGAUUCAGCAAGACCAACAUCAUAGUAAAGAAAGCAAGUUGUGCCCUCAAAUGCCUUGUCUUAGAAAACUGGCAGAGGGGCUGGAUUUUGCUGCUAUGGUUGUCGGCGAUGACUGCACUUUUCACUUGGAAAUUCUUGCAGUAUAGGCAAAUGGCAGCAUUUCAAGUUAUGGGUUACUGCUUGGCAACAGCUAAAGGAGCUGCAGAGACUCUCAAGUUUAACAUGGCACUAAUCCUUUUACCAGUUUGUCGAAACAUAUUAACUAGGUUACGGUCAACAAGAGCCAGGAUACUUGUUCCAUUUGAUGACAACAUCAAUUUUCACAAGAUUAUUGCACAUGCCAUAGCUGUUGGCAUAAUACUUCAUGCAGCCAACCAUUUAGCGUGUGAUUUUCCCCAUCUGGUUAACUCAUCGCCAGAAAAAUUUGCACUCGUAGCUUCUGAUUUUGACAAGUUAAAGCCAACUUACAGAAGCCUUUUGAUUGGUGUUGAAGGCAUAACUGGUAUUUCUAUGGUAACUUUGAUGACUAUAGCCUUCACACUGGCAACACGACGCUUCAGGAGGAGCACACUGAAGCUACCAUCCCCCCUGAACCGAUUAACGGGCUUCAACGCAUUUUGGUAUUCUCAUCACCUUCUGGCAUUGGUCUACGUAUUGCUAAUACUACAUGGAACAUUCCUGUUCUUUGUCCACAAAUGGUAUCAGAAAACGACAUGGAUGUAUAUCUCCAUUCCCUUAAUCCUCUACAUUGCAGAGAGGAGUUUAAGAAUAUGGCGCUCAGAAGACUAUGCAGUUAAGAUCUUGAAGGUUUCUGUACUUCCAGGAGAUCUCUUAAGCUUGAUCAUGUCAAAACCAGAUGGCUUCAAAUACAAGAGCGGCCAGUACAUAUUCCUGCAGUGCCCAACAAUAUCCUCAUUUGAAUGGCAUCCAUUUUCUAUAACAUCAGCACCAGGAGACGACUAUCUCAGUGUUCACAUCCGAAUUGUAGGUGACUGGACAAAAGAACUUAAGAGGGUAUUCACAGAGAAUAGAAGUUCAGCAUGUGUAGUUGGUCGAGCAAAGUUUGAAGAACAUGAAAAUGUUGAUCAAAGAGGCUUACCUCGAAUGCUAGUCGAUGGACCCUAUGGUGCCCCAGCACAAGACUAUCAAAAUUAUGAUGCCUUGCUUCUUGUAGGACUUGGUAUUGGAGCUACACCUUUUAUAAGUAUCCUAAAGGAUCUAUUGAACAAUACAAGACCACAUCAAAACGAUUUGAAUACUGAGACUAGCGCAUCAGAUGAUAGCUGGACAAGUUUUGUCUCUUCAAGCACAACAUCAAGUGUAAAAAAGAAAUCACAAAGGAUAAGAAGUGCACAUUUUUACUGGGUAACCAGAGAACCUGGAUCCUUUGAGUGGUUCAAAGGAGUGAUGAAUGAAGUUUCAGAGAUGGAUCACAAAGGUCUGAUAGAGAUGCACAAUUAUCUAACGAGUGUUUAUGAAGAGGGUGAUGCCAGAUCAACUCUCAUCACCAUGAUCCAGGCACUUAAUCACGCAAAACAUGGCGUUGACGUCCUGUCUGGCACGAGGGUGAGGACACAUUUUGCAAGGCCCAAAUGGAUGGAAGUAUUCAAGAGAAUAGCUUUGAAACAUCCCUAUUCGACAGUAGGAGUCUUCUACUGCGGGAUGCCUGUCUUGGCAAAGGAGUUGAAGAAGCUAUCACAAGAAUUAACUUACAAGACAUCCACGCGUUUCGAGUUCCACAAGGAGAACUUCUGAUGUUAGAAAUUUUCACUUAUAAGCCAAGUGGUUUUUUCCCUUUUAAUUUUGUAAGUAUUUUGUGGUACAUGUACAUGUAUACAUCGAUUCGGAGAAAUGCAAAUGCAAGUAUCAAACAGGAUACUAUGCUGAAAGAGAGUUCUUUCACUAGAAGACUAUAAAUUUCAUUAAAGUAACCAUUUCACAGAAAUGCAUAAGAGCCAUAUUAUUGUACCAUCAUGCACAUCUCAUGUGCUGCAUGUCAAGAAUGGUGUAUCAAAUUCUCAGAGCAUUUGCAAAGAUCAAUAAGUUGCAAUUGUUAGGACAGCCAAAGACAGUUACAGAAAGAGGGGCAAGAGCAAUAAUAAGGAAAUAAGAAGAGGGACAUCUGCUUCGUUCAGGCACAAAGUUACAAGGCAUUCAUAGUAUCAAGGUUUCUGAGCAGCAAUAGGAUGUUUCUUUUGUUAUUUGUACAUAAAAUUUGUGAUUGCUAAAGGUAAGUUUGUUCUUGUGUAUAGUCAUUAGUAAAGCCUGCUGAUGUAUUUCUAUCUAUUUUUGUUUCUCUUUU